ACUGAAAAACACGAAACAAACGCGGUCUCCUCUUACCUAGUGCCCAAUGCAUAUACUUUCCUUCACUGAGCUGUCCUCCUUUAAUAUUUUAACCUUUAAUUUGUUCUUGUCAUCAUUUGUUCCAUUAAAUCUCAAAAACAGAAGAAAAAACAAGAAGGGAUAAAAGAAGAAGAAGAAGAUGACGGUUUUGUUAAGCACAGUUUUCUUAGCAAUUCUCUUCACUGUUGGUUUCAUCAUCACUACAUUCUUCAAAAUUCCAACAAAGAAAUUAUUCAUCAUGUGGUCUCACCCUGUGAAAGCCACCAAGGUGGGUACUAGUGCUACUGUUACUGACAAGGAAGAAUUGAAGGGUGUUUUUGCAACAUUUGACAAGAACGGUGAUGGGUUUAUAACAAAGCAAGAGCUCAAGGAUUCACUCAAGAAUAUUGGGAUUUCCAUGGAAGACAAAGACAUCGCUGAAAUGAUGGAAAAAGUAGAUGAGAACAAAGAUGGGUUAAUUGAUCUCCAUGAGUUCUGUGAGCUUUGUAACUCUUUAUUGGGUGUGGAGAGUGAGAGAGAAGGGGAUGGUGAUAAGAAUUUGAGAGAGGCUUUUGAGGUGUUUGAUGGGGAUACAGAUGGGUUGAUCACUGCAGAGGAGCUGAGUAAGGUUUUGGGAAGUUUGGGGUUGAAACAAGGGAAGACAUUAGAGGAUUUUAAGGAGAUGAUUGGGAGAUUUGAUUUGGAUGGAGAUGGGAUGGUUAAUUUUGAUGAGUUCAAGAGGAUGAUGAUGACUCAAAGUAUUAUUCCAAUCUCUUAAUUAAUCCUCAGGUACAUGGUGUGUCUUGUAAUACAUAAUGCUCAAAGUGUGUUUUUUUUUUUUUUUUUGGUUUACUCAAUGCUCAAUAUUUGAGGAUUUUUAAUUCCUUUGCGAGUAAUAAUACAUCUACUCUUACUUUUUACUCCA